GCUCAAUAUUCUAAUAAGAAGUUGGAGAUCACCGAUGUGAGGCCGCUAGAUGAACAAGAACAAGUCCGGGACCAAGUUCCAGCCAAGUGGCUCCCGAUAAUUGAGGAUUCGAUGUCUUUCAUGAAUUGUAUUGAGAUCGAGGGGCAGGCCGUUCGCGAAAGAACCGAAGGCUUCUGGCGACCCCCGGGGUUGUACAAAUGUCUUGGUGUUGCGACUCUUGCCACUAUAAGUGGCCUGACGGCUACUGGGUUCCUACUUUACCAUUUUGGUCGUCGGAAUACAAGUCGGUUCCCCCGGAUGGCACCAAGACCAACAAUUUACAACUCGUCUGUCUCGGACACCACGGCCUACAGCUCCUCUCCAACCGACGCGAGGACCUACAACUCUACUCCAUCCGGCACUGCGGACCCUGGCCACACGACCACCAGCUCCACGUUAUUCACGACGAGAUUACCGUCCUCGACGCACAAUCCGCUCGACGCGUAUGAGGCCGAGGCUGAGAAGUACCUGCGGGCCCUGGCGUACAAUUGUUUAGCCGUGCCCGACUUGAUCAACCAGUGUCAUCCGAACCCUGACAAGCGACCCGAGCCAACCAUCGAUGAUAUCACGACAUUGCUUUCUGGGUAUGAGUUGGCGACGCUACGAGCAACCCCCGGGACUUGCAACGAUGCGCUUCACCAGAAUAAGUCCCAAUCGAUCGUGAAAGCAGCGCCGGGCGGUUGGGAGAAGCUAGACUGGUCCCAUGUAAGCGGCGGCGGCAAGGUAAUUUGCACUGACGAGAAUAGUCAAGACGUGACUUGUCAUUAUUUCGGCGAGCCGUUCAAGUACGAUUUGCCUACUGUCUGGGGUGCGGUCAACUACUGCCUGAAGCCCUACCAGUGCCUGUGUACAGAACACCUUACUCUGGGUGACCGUCUCGAAUACGGGGGCCGCGCAAGGGGGGUUGCAAAGUGGUUGGGAGGUGACUUAUACGGAUUCGACGAACGGAGAAUGCGGGAAGCGGGGUUUGUAGCAGAAAAUUUGAACAAAGGAGCAGAUACCAAACGACGAGGUGGGGAAUAG